CCGCGCCCACCGCCCGCGCUUAUAAAGGGCCUCCUUGUGCGGCGGGGAAAGCAGAGAAGGCGCAGCUGAGGAAGGAAGGAACUUGGGAAGAGAGGCAAAGAGACAGGUGUGGACAGCAGGAUGUGCGACAAACCCGACCUCUCCGAGGUGGAGAAGUUCGACAAGAAGAAGCUGAAGAAGACCAACACGGAGGAGAAGAACACGCUGCCCUCCAAGGAGACCAUCGAGCAGGAGAAAGAGUGCGGCAAGUCUUCCUAGAAGAGCCAUGCGACCUCAGACCUCCUUUCCCCUUUCUCCCUCUCGUUUUUGACCCAAUGGGUUUUCUUUUUGAUACCAAAAUGCAGCCUACCUUUGUGUCUGGAAGCUCCUUCGCCUCUCCUUCCCUGCAAACACCCUCCUCCUCCUCCUCCUCAAGCCAUUCUCCUGGGAAGAGCCCCCUCCCCUGGCUUUUCCCCAGCCCCCCAAAUGGAGCACUUCCUUCCCUCCCUCCCGCCCCA